AUGAAUCUGUUCGCGACCAGCCACCACGGGUUGAUGCUCACCGUUGUGAGUGUAGUGAUUAUUCUCUGCAGCGCUCCGCAUCCAACCGACGCUCAGCGGCAUAGGCUUUGUGGAAAUGCUCUGAGGCAGAGUUUACAAAUGCUAUGCCUGGAAUAUCCUUCCUAUCACCAACGAGCCACAAGAUCUGAAAGCGAUGUGACCGAUGUGGACAGAGAUUGGCCCCAGCUCGACCAGAGUGAUGUGGAUAAAUUCAAUUUCAUCGAGCAACUCAAACGGAAGCCCAACUGGAUGAAUAUACUUUUCGCGAAGCAUCGAGUCUCGGUGGAUGGGGAUCUCGAUGAUAAUACCGAAUGGGAGAAUAUUAUUCCGAACCGUUUCAUGCCGGUCAAACGUGGCAUUGUGGAUGAAUGCUGCUAUCAGUCCUGUACGAUCGAGCAAAUGAAAGCUUACUGUCUUAAGGUUGCGCGGAAAUAAUCAAUGACAAUGGAUUCACCUUGAUGCAAAAAUAUAGACGCUUAUCCAUAUAUAGAA